GGUGCUCGGGGCAAGGUGCCAAAGGUUCCCUAUAAAGUGCUGGGGCUCUGGGCCUGCGGCCACUCGCCCUCUGGCUCCCGACCCGCCUGGGCCACCGGGGACCGGCCCCGCGACCACCAUGGUGAGGCUCGUGUUGCCCAACCCGGGCCUGGAGGACCGGAUCCCGUCCCUGGACCAGCUGGAGAGCAUCGAGGCCAAGGAGGCCGGCUCCCGGCCCCAGUGGGACAACAAGGCCCAGUACAUGCUCACCUGCGUGGGCUUCUGCGUGGGCCUGGGCAACGUGUGGCGCUUCCCCUACCUGUGCCAGAGCCACGGCGGAGGGGCCUUCAUGAUCCCGUUCCUCAUCCUGCUGGUCGUGGAGGGCAUCCCCCUGCUGCACCUGGAGUUCGCCAUCGGGCAGAGGCUGCGGAAGGGGAGCGUGGGCGUCUGGAGCUCCAUCCACCCGGCCCUGAAGGGCGUAGGCAUCGCGUCCAUGUUCGUGUCCUUCAUGGUGGGUCUCUACUACAACACCAUCAUCGCCUGGGUCAUGUGGUACUUCUUCAACUCCUUCCAGGACCCUCUGCCCUGGAGUGAGUGUCCGCUCAACGCCAACAGGACAGGCUACGUGGAGGAGUGCGCGCGCAGCUCCUCCGUGGACUAUUUCUGGUACCGGGAGACCCUCAACAUCUCCACCUCCAUCAGCGACUCCGGCUCCGUGCAGUGGUGGGUCCUGCUCUGCCUGACCUGUGCCUGGAGCGUGCUCUACGUGUGCACCAUCCGCGGCAUCGAGACCACCGGCAAGGCCGUGUACGUCACCUCAACGCUGCCCUACGUCGUCCUGACCAUCUUUCUCAUCCGGGGUCUGACACUGAAGGGAGCCACCAAUGGUAUCGUGUUUCUCUUCACGCCCAACGUCACGGAGCUGGCCAACCCGGUCACCUGGCUGGACGCGGGGGCGCAGGUCUUCUACUCCUUCUCGCUGGCCUUCGGGGGCCUCAUCUCCUUCUCCAGCUACAACUCUGUGCACAACAACUGUGAGAGGGACUCGGUGAUCGUGUCGGUCAUCAACGGCUUCACGUCCGUGUACGCGGCCACCGUGGUCUACUCCAUCAUCGGCUUCCGUGCCACCGAGCGCUUCGACGACUGCUUCAACACGAACAUCCUGACGCUUAUCAACGGCUUCGACCUGCCUGAGGGCAACGUGACGCAGGAGAACUUCGCGGAGGUGCAGCAGUGGUUCAAUGCCACGGAGCCCGAGGCCUACGCGAAACUGCAUUUCCAGACCUGCGACAUGAACUCCUUCCUCUCGGAGGGCGUGGAGGGCACGGGGCUGGCCUUCAUCGUCUUCACGGAGGCCAUCACCAAAAUGCCUGUGUCCCCGCUGUGGUCCGUCCUCUUCUUCAUCAUGCUCUUCUGCCUGGGCCUGUCGUCCAUGUUUGGCAACAUGGAGGGCGUGGUCGUGCCCCUGCAGGACCUCAAGAUCAUCCCCGAAAAGUGGCCCAAAGAGCUGCUCACAGGCCUCAUCUGCCUGGGGACGUACCUGAUCGCGUUCAUCUUCACGCUGAACUCGGGCCAGUACUGGCUGUCCCUGCUGGACAGCUACGCCGGUUCCAUCCCGCUGCUCAUCAUCGCCUUCUGCGAGAUGUUUGCCGUGGUCUACGUGUACGGCGUGGACAGGUUCAACAGGGACAUCGAGUUCAUGAUCGGCCACAAGCCCAACAUCUUCUGGCAAGUCACGUGGAGGGUGAUCAGUCCACUGCUUAUGCUGGUCAUUUUCCUGUUCUUCUUUGUGGUCAAGGUCAAGGAGGAGCUGAUCUACAGCGUCUGGGACCCUGCCUAUGAGGAGUUUCCUAAAUCCCAGAAGGUCACGUACCCAGGCUGGGUAUAUGCCGUGGUGGUCAUCGUGGCCGGGGUGCCCUGCCUGGCCAUCCCUGUCUUCGCCAUCUACAAGCUCAUCAGGAACCACUGCCAGAGACGGGGGGACCGCCAGGGGCUGGUCAGCAGGGUGUCCACGACCUCCAUCAAUGGGGACCUGAAGUACUAAACGGCCUGGCCCAGGGCGUGUGGCCGUCGGAGUGAGGGGGGAGUCCAGGCCACACACUUGAAAGUGUGUGCGUGUGUGUGUAUACACACGUGUGGGUGUGUUUGUGUGCACAGAUGAGUGUAUGCAUGUGCAUACUGUGUGUACAUGUGUGUGCACGCAUAGGCAUGUGUGUACACGUGUGCACGUGUGUAUGUGUGCAUGUGUGUGCGUGUACACGUGAGCAUAUACACAAGUGCACGUAUAUACAUGUGAGCGUGGGGGGUGUAUGUGAGCACGUGUGCAUGCCUGUGUGUGUAUAUAUGUUGAAAUGUGUGUGUGUACACGUGCAUGAGUACGUGGUGGGCAUGUGUGUAAUGUAUUGUGUGCACGAGUAUAAAUACGUGCAUACGUGUUUGUGUGCACACGCUCCGAGGACAGUCGGAGCUGCGGCGUCCUGGGGAGGCCGCGUCUGCACUGCUCGCCUGCGCCCCUCAGGACCGGCCUCGUUGCCACCCACCUUCACCUUGCUGUCGACCCUUGACCUAGGAGGUACCUGUGAGGUCGGGACACUGGUGCCCCACGUGAGGAUGGCCCUCCUCAGGCCCCUUGGCUGUGAGCCUGAGAAGACUCGGCUGGGUCCUUCGGAGGCCUGACCACGCCACUGCCCCUCCCCCCCAAGCUCUGAGCUCUGGCACAGUGCCAGCUCGGUGAAUUCCAGUGAGUUCCAAGCCAGUUAAUCAUUGCUUCUGCCGCCGCAGGUAGAUGAGCAGUUAGACGGAGCUCAGGUCGGCCCAGGCUGAGGCGGAAACCACCUCUGUGUUUUCCUUAAAAGGAAGUGAACCGCAUGAACGCGUAGCCAGGUGUUGGAAAGGCCAGUUAUACGGUAACUCGGCCGUGGCCACCACGGUCGAGGACAGUCCACGGUCCCGAGCACGGCAAGGACCGGGAGGCCUAACCGCUCGGUGCCACUCAGUGAAGUCGGGCUCUGGCUCUUCCCUCCCUGUCUCGUGAAGGUUGUUUUCUGGGAUUCGACAGCCAGUCUCAGUCACGUGGCACUUGGGGUGGUUUUCUUUUUUUUUUUUUGAGACAGAGCAUGAACGGAGGAGGGGCAGAGAGAGAGGGAGGCACAGAAUCGGAACAGGCUCCAGGCUCUGAGCCAUCAGCCCAGAGCCCAAUGCCGGGCUCGAACUCACGGACCGUGAGAUCGUGACCUGAGCUGAAGUCAGACGCUUAACCAACUGAACCACCCAGGCGCCCCCUGGGGUGGUUUUCUUAAUGGGCUGGUCGCCUCCACCCUCCACAGAAAAAGCCUGGAGACUUAAGUUAAACUGGACUUUCUGAGGAUCCCCUGGGCAGGGGUGGGGACCUGGGUCCUGGCGCCGUGUCCCCCCCCACCGGGACGUCCCUGUCCCGUCGCCUCCCAUCUGGCAGUGACCACGGAGCGGAGCCCUGCAGCUCCCGCUACGAACCUCCAAACAUCGGGGCGUGUCCAGUCCUGUGCCGUCACCUGGGGAAUCCUCGGGGCGGUGCGGGCGGCUGGCUUGCAGCCCCGCGUGCCGGGCCUUCCCGGGACCCCUGCCCCGCCCCGCUCCGGCCUCCACCCUCCCCUCGGCCUCUCCCCGAAGCCUUCCCACCCCCGCUGUGAGAACACAGUUGCAGUAACCGUCCGUGCGCUGCCCCCUGGGGCGUGUGGAGAGGAUUCUGGGGGUGUGACCCGGGGGGGAUCAUCCGGUCGUCCCACCCCCGGCCAGUGCCUUGCUCACAGACUCGGCGUCUCUGCAAGUUGUUGGAAACGCAGGUCUCGUGGGCAUCACGUGUACCGGUCUAAAUAAAUCGCCAUUUCAUA